UCAUGGCGGCCUCCAUAAACUUUCUGUAGUAGGCUUAUCUGAGAAACAGGCUGUGGGAAUUUGUUGCAGGUUCACACCCGUUUGUGGCUGUAUGCGUGUUUCUCCCAAAUCAUCCUGAUUUGCUGACGAUUUUUAAGGAAAAAUGGGAAAAUAUAUAUUCAUAUUUUCGUUGUUGGCGUGCUGCCUCAGUGUAUUUUUGAUGCUUGAAGUUGAACAUCUAACGCCAUAUCAAGAAUUAGUUAAAUCAUACCUUCCCAAAUAUGCAAGAAAUGCGGUAGAAUCUGGUGUAUUUUUUGUGAGGUCAAAGGUUUUCUCAAGCGGAAAAUCAAAAACGUCUGAAAGAAUAUUUUCAAAAUCCGAAUUAUAUCAAUACGUUGGAAAAGACGGAAGCGACAUUUAUCUGGCUGUUUUGGGAAAAGUAUAUGAUGUAACAAAAGGAAAGAAACAUUAUGGUCCAGAUGGAGGCUAUCAUGGAUUUGCUGGUCGUGAUGGGACCAGGGCGUUCAUCACGGGAGAAUUUAAUGAAGAUGGACUAGUGGAAGACAUAAAGGGCCUCAAACUUCCUGAUUUGCUGGGGCUUGAUGGAUGGCAGACUUUCUAUGAAAAAGAUUACAAAUGUAUAGGCAAGGUACAUGGAGAGUUCUAUGACUGGAAUGGCCAACCUACAGAGAACCUAAAAUAUUAUCAGGAACAGCUUAACUUAGCGAAAGAAAGCCAGCUUAAAACAGAGGCUGAGACAAAACGCUUCCCUCCCUGCAACUCCCAGUGGGCCCAGGAUACAGGGACUGUGUUGUGGUGCACCAGUCAAAGUGGUGGCAUUGAAAGGGACUGGGUGGGUGUUCCACGUGAGUUUCACGAACCUGGCCGACAACACAUGAGAUGUGCAUGUGUCCGGACAACUGGUCCACCUUCAGAUGACCCUGACCUCAAGGAUCAUAAAAACCGUGGUGACCUUGACAAUCCCCGCUUUAAGGUUUAUGCUGGGUGUGAUCCCAUGGCUGAGUCUUGUAAAAUCAUCAAGUGAUGUGCAUGAACGGUGCUUGAGAAAA